AUGUCUAUACUUUUUGUCAGAGUAGGAAGGAGUUCUCUUUCCGCACCAAACAACUUAUCUACUCACCCGGAUAAUCGCAAUUUUAAUGAUCUCUACAAAUACGAUAACACACAGACAAAACAAGAAAAGGGAACCAAAGUAGACCGACCCUCUUCUUUCAAUCAUUCAUCGUCAUCCUCCUCCAUGUUGAAACACAAAGCAAAGCAAAGCAAAACAAAACAAAACAAAUUUUCUUUGUUAUUCUCCAUUCCAGCCACUCUCGUUGCUUAA